AUGGCAGCGAACUCCUUGGCCCGCAUGGUCAAGGGCCAAGUCCGAUGCUACUCCGCACCUCUGGACAUGGCCAUUCCGGCCUCCAAGCAGCGCUACAUUCCCACGUCGGGUACCUAUCCCAAGGGCUUUCGAGUGUCCGGUACCCAUGUUGGCGUCAAGGCCUCCAACACCCGCUUCCCGGAUCUUGCCCUCAUCGCUUCGGAGACCCCAUGCUCGGCGGCUGCCGUCUUCACCACCAACAAGUUUCAGGCUGCGCCGGUGCAAGUAAGCAAGAAAACAUUGAAGUCGCGCAAGGGUGAGGGUAUCCGCGCUGUUGUCAUUAACUCUGGAUGCGCCAAUGCCGUGACCGGCAAGGGUGGCUUGGAGGAUGCAGUUUCCAUGGGCCAGAAGGUGGAUGAGUGCAGCGGUGCGGAGAAGGAUAGCUCGCUGGUGAUGAGCACUGGUGUUAUUGGACAGCGACUGCCCAUCAGCAAGAUCCUUGACCGAAUUCCUACCGCACACGCCAACCUUGCCUCGUCCCAUGAUGCCUGGCUCAGCACUGCCCGUGCGAUUUGCACCACCGACACCUUCCCGAAACUUGUUUCUCGCACCUUUACCCUCCCAUCGUCCCCGAGCCGUACCUACAGCUUGGCCGGAAUGACCAAGGGCGCUGGCAUGAUUCACCCGAACAUGGCCACCCUGUUGGGCGUUCUGUGUACUGAUGCCGCCGUCGAGCCUGCCGCUCUCCAAUCGAUCCUCAAGCACGCCGUGAACCGCUCUUUCAAUUCUAUCUCCAUUGACGGUGACACCAGUACCAACGAUACCAUCGCCGUGCUCGCCAACGGUGCUGCGGGCGGAGAAACUGUGCAAGCUCCUGCCUCGGCCUCUGAGGCUAGCGCCGACUACAUGGCUCUCCAAGCCAUCUUUACCGACUUUGCCCAGGAGCUGUCGCAGCUGGUUGUCCGCGACGGCGAGGGUGCCACCAAGUUCGUGACCGUGCGUGUGCGCAACUCCGCCGACUACGAGUCUGCCCGUCUCAUCGCCUCUACUAUUGCCCGCUCUCCCCUUGUCAAGACGGCUUUGUACGGCCGUGAUGCCAACUGGGGCCGGAUCCUCUGCGCUGUUGGUUAUACUCAGGGAGUCGCCGACGGCACUGUUGUGCCUGAGCGCACUUCCGUGAGCUUCCGUCCUGUGGACGGCAGCCCUAUUCUCAAGCUGCUGGUGAACGGCGAGCCCGAAGCCGUUGAUGAGGAACGCGCUAGCGCCAUUCUGCAGAAUGAGGACCUGGAGAUUGAGGUUGACCUUGGCGGUGGUGAGAAGGGCGCUGCUGGCUGUGGCGGCGAGGAUGCUGUCUACUGGUUCUGUGAUUUUAGUCACGAGUACGUGACUAUCAACGGUGACUACCGUACCUAG